UCCCCCCUCCUCCGUCGCACUCACCUUUUGGCCCCAGGAGCCACCGACCUCAACUCCAUUGGUUACUGCCCCCAAUCACGUGACUGAAUGCGCUUGUCCAAGAUGGCGGCGCCCAGGGCUGCUGUUGACAUGCUUCCGCGGCUGUUGAAGGGUUGUGUGACUGGCCAUCAGCGACUCUUCUUUUCAUCAGUUGAUCAUAUCUACUUACAAAAGCACCCAAGCGUUCAUCAAAGAAGAUAUCUCUUUUUCUAUAGACAAAGAAAUACUGCUUAUAGCGUAGUCUGGCCAGCUAUAGUUUCUCCAGCUCAUCCAGUUCCUGAGCAUAUAAAGAAGCCAGACUAUGUGACGACAGGCAUUGUACCAGACUGGGGAGACUGCAUAGAAAUUAAGAACGAAGAUCAGAUUCAAGGGCUUCGUCAGGCUUGUCAGCUGGCCCGUCAAGUCCUGCUUCUAGCUGGGAAGAGUUUAAAGGUUGGCAUGACUACAGAAGACAUAGAUUACAUAGUUCACCAUGAAAUAAUCAGACACAAUGCCUAUCCAUCACCUCUGGGCUAUGGAAAAUUUCCAAAAUCUGUUUGUACCUCAGUAAACAAUGUAGUUUGUCAUGGGAUCCCUGACAGCCGCCCUCUCCAGGAUGGUGAUAUUAUCAACAUUGAUGUCACAGUGUAUUACAACGGCUACCAUGGUGACACUUCCGAAACAAUUCUAGUGGGCAAUGUGGAUGAGUCUGGUCAAAAGUUAGUGGAGGUUGCCAGGAAAUGUAGAGAUGAAGCAAUUGCAGCUUGCAGACCUGGGGCUCCUUUCUCUGUAAUUGGAAACACAAUCAGCCGCAUAGCCCGUCAGAAUGAUUUUCGUGUCUGCCCCUACUUUGUAGGGCAUGGGAUAGGAUCUUACUUCCACGGCCACCCUGAAGUUUGGCAUCAUGAAAACGAAAGCGACCUGUUAAUGGAAGAGGGCAUGGCCUUCACAAUAGAGCCCAUCAUCAUGGAGGGAACGUCUGAAUUUAAGAUCCUGGGGGACAAGUGGACAGCUGUCUCCUUGGACCAUAAAAGGUCGGCCCAGUUUGAGCAUACCAUCCUAAUUGCUCCAAGCGGAGCCCAGGUCCUGACCCGCCUCCAGGAAGAAGAGGAGGAGGAGGAGGAGGAAGGGGAGACCUAGCACACAGGACAGCCCUGGACCCCCAGCCUUCAAGGGGAACCCUCCUUCUGCCCUCCAGACCUGUAACCCAGGGAAGAGUUAGGGACAUGGCUUGCUAUUCCUAAAUCUGCCCACCAUGGACUGGGCAAGUUGGGUGACAUUUUGGUGGACCAGAAGGAAGUUUCUUGGCUGGAGGAGGAGGAAGGAGGAAAGGAAG